CCAAGUUAUGCGUGUGAGAACGGAUAAAAUGAAAAAUACCUCACAAAAGAGAGUGAAGUAAAGUUAAGCCGUAAAUGCAAAAAAGUAAAAGAUGCGCGGAUUGCAUGUAUUUGUUGCAAAGCGUUCGAAAACAACAAAUGCGUGUCGAUAUAAUCGGCUUGCGUAUAAAAACAACGAUAACGAGGGUAAUACAUCAGUGCAUAUUUCAAUAUGUAUCAAUUAUGCACUCGAGCGAAUUCACCGAUUCGUGAAAAGUUUCUUGCCGUAUAAUUGCAACUUGAAAAAAAAUUCUAUCCGCUGUUUUUAAAACUCGCUUUUCAAAAUCGCGCUCUCGACCCACUUUUUCAAAAAAAAUAACCAAACCCUACAAUUUCUCCAAAACCCCGUCGACUCCUCUCUGCUGCCGAGUUACGUAAAUUUUCGAACCCAUCAAAAUCCCCCUAACCUUCAAACCGAAUUCCCAGCUCUCUCACAUCCCACAAAAAACCAGAGUUUCGAAAAAUCAUCCCUCGGCCGUAUCCACAAUUAUCCCUCCCACAUCGCGUAGACGCAAGAGAAAGAAAAGCCGCUGAAAAACUCGUGACUCUCUGUCUCUCUUUCUCUCUCUCUCCUUCGCGCAUACACAUACAUAAUACAAGAGUUCUGCCCCUUCUUCGCCGGAUUUAGGCUGCGCGCCGCGCUUGUACACAACUACACACCGCCGGGCUAUGCUAGUCUCCUCUCGUCCUUCGCGGCGUGUGUUUCUCGGUGUGUCCAACGUGGGUAUAAGACACGCGAUUAAAGCCGAAUUUUCCGGUUUAAUACAAUAAUAGGAGGUGAGAAAAAUUGCAGCGAAAAACCUCGCGUAUCUCGUCCCGGUAUCUCGGCGAGAUUGUAACGAGCGGCUGAUAAGGUGUAAUUAGAAGAGAACAUGCCCCUCCACGGAAAGCUCCGAAUGUGCUGCCAGCUCGUCGACAAAAGCCUCGGCGCGCGAUGGAUAGCACGCAUUGCCGGCCGGAAUUUCUCCACAGGAAACGCGGCUAACAUGAGGUUCGUACAGUUCGUGAACAAAAACGGAGGUCCCCAGCACCUGGGGGUCCAGCUGAAGCAAGGCGGAGACAUAAUAGCCAUAUCGGUACUUAAUUCGCGUAUCCCCAACACACUGAAGAAGUUCCUCGAGGGCGGCGAGGAAUUCCUUAAAAAGGCAAAGAGGAUAGUCGCCGAGGGCCGAAGCGUCAUCCCAGAGAAAGAUGUUACAUUCCUGCCACCAAUCACGCAAAUGGACAAACUGGCCUGCGUCGGCUUAAAUUACAGCGGACACUGCAAGGAACAGAAUCUCGAGCCUCCGUCGACUCCUGUAAUCUUCAGCAAAUUCCCCAGCAACAUCAUCGGCCCUCACGAUGAUAUUCACCUGCCUACUAUUUCAGACAAGGUCGACUGGGAGGCAGAGCUGGCGAUCGUCAUCGGCAAGAAGUGCAAGGGUCUGAACAACGACGAGGCCGAGGACUGCAUAUUCGGCUACACCGUUGCUCAGGACCUGUCGGCGCGCGACUGGCAAAAGGGCAAGCGCAACGGCGGCCAAUUCCUCCUGGGCAAGGCGAUGGACAACUUCUGCCCACUCGGACCGGCCGUCGUCACCAAAGAGUCGAUCGCCGAUGUGAAGAACCUCGCUGUCAAGACUUGGGUCAACGGGCAACUCAAGCAGGACGGCAAUACCUCCGAGCUCAUCUUCAAGACCAACGACAUCGUCGCCUACCUCUCGCAAUUCUUCACGCUACUGCCCGGUGAUGUGAUCCUUACUGGAACUCCAGCUGGAGUUGGCUUCGCGCGUAAUCCACCGGAAUUCUUGAAGAAAGGAGACGUUCUGGAAACCGAGAUCGAGAGCCUUGGACGUUUGAAGAAUAACGUUCUCUGAUGUUUCGAGAACGAUUCGAUGUACUACGAGGAGACGAUAAGCUUUGAACAAAAGAUUACGGCUCAGGUCGGAAGAAAGCAUUGACUGCUCGUCAAGAGUCAACAAAGCAUAUUGUUCAAGAAAAAAAAAUGUAAAGACGAGACGACGUAAAAGCUGACGCGCUGGAAUACUCGAAACAAAUUUUGUGUCCUUUUAAAUGGCCUGGCGUGACGUGAUUUUCAAUCGAUGUAUGUACUCUUUUAAAGGGCGACAACUGCGCCUGCAGGAUUGCCAACAAUCAGCCAUAAUAGCGCUUUUUUCAUUCUAUAAGCAGACGCUAUACUGCCGGGAAUAAUGAGCGAUAUUUAUACAUAAUUACAUCGAUUCGGUUUAUAAUUUUUACGCAUAUAGUGUAUUUAGAUGCCGCGUAAUAGCAAGAACAGUUGGAAUUUUUUAAUCGCAAGCUUACGCGGAACGCAGUCAGUUGAAUCUGUCAUUGUCAUUUUUAAUGUUACUAUUAUGUUUUAUACUGUAAAAUAAAGAAAACGAGAUUUUAGAACUGUAUA